UUCAUGGAAAACAAAGACACAGGUUGUCUCAUAUCGUAAUCGUAAUUUCGUCGUGUACCCUGAAAAACUCCAAUUUACAGCUGCAUCCAAAAUUUCCUUUUGCAAGAAUCAGUGAUACACAAUUUUAGGGUUCAUAAGAUUCAUUUUGCUUCUCUUUAUCCAAAUCCAAUUCCCAAAUCAAAUUAGGGUUCCCAUUGAUUUCGUUGUUGUGCUUCAUUUUCGCCCAAUUUUGAAUUGCGUAGCUUCAAUCCUUUAUCCAAAGGAAAGGGUGCAAAGAUUGGUACUUUUUCUGAAUGAGAUUUCCCACAAUCCCUUUUCUUCUUCAUUCCUUUAAUACCUAAUUCGUAGCUUAAACUUGUAUUGUAACUUUGUUUGUUCACCUUUUGCAUUUGAAUGAAAAAAAUUCAUUUUUGCAUUUCAUGCUUCUGCAAUUCUACAAUUUCAUUGCCACCCAUUUGACUAUGUGUUAUAUAUAAGACCUUGUGCUCACUAAAAUGCCUCUUGAAGACUUGAAAUCUCACUUUGAUGACCAUCUUCAUUGUUUCGUUUCGUAUCGAUUUGCUUGUUUUUUUUGUUGGACUUGUGCCUUUCGAUGCUGCUAGUUUUGUUAUCGUUUGACCCUUUAGUAUCGUAACGCGGCAACUCUAGAAGUCUUAUUUCGUUGCAUAGUUCCAUUGAUAUUCAAUCGAUGCAACGACUCCAUUUUUGGCUGUGGUUCUUUUUGUUUCGUCCUUUCGAUAUGUGUAAACUUCACCCCAAGAUUUUUUCUGGCCUCUGUGCCUUCUUCACAGUUGCCUCACAAGUUUGUUUAAUUAGUUUCUUAAGAUGCCAAGGGGAAAGGCAAAAUCUGAGACUGAGCCUGAAAAGCCAGUUGAAUCUGAUGAGAAGGUUGACCUUGAAGAGGAAAAUGAUCCCGAGGAAGAAAUGGAAGAAGAGGUUGAGUAUGAAGAAGUAGAAGAAGAGGAGGAAGUGGAAGAAAUAGAAGAGGAGGUGGAAGAAGAAGAGGAGGACCCUGAUGAGGAAGAGGAAGAAGAAGAGGAAGAGGAGGAGGAGGAAGAGGUCGAAGAAGUGGAAGAAGAUGAUGCCAUGCAAAACCUUGAUGAUGAUGAGAAGAAAAAGCAUGCUGAACUUCUUUCUCUUCCUCCUCACAAGUCUGAAGUCUAUGUUGGUGGCAUUCCUCUUGAUGCCAAAAGUGAAGAUUUGAAAGAAUUUUGUGAGCGAAUUGGGGAAGUUGUACAGGUUCGAAUAAUGAAAGGAAAAGAUGCUUCUGAGAAUAAGGGCUUUGCUUUUGUUACUUAUAGAAAUGUAGAACUGGCUUCUAAAGCCAUUGAGGAGCUGAAUAAUACCGAAUUUAAGGGUAGGAAAAUAAAAUGUUCUACAUCUCAAGCAAAAAAUCGUCUUUUUAUUGGUAAUAUUCCUAGAAGCUGGGGCGAAAAAGACCUGAAGAAGGUUGUGACUGACAUUGGACCUGGAGUUACUGCUGUUGAACUAGUCAAGGAUAUGAAGAACAUUAGCAAUAACCGUGGCUUUGCUUUUAUCGACUAUCAUAAUAAUCAAUGUGCUGAAUAUGGAAGGCAAAAGAUGAUGAGCCCGUCAUUUAAGCUUGGUGACAAUUCCCCAACAGUGAGCUGGGCUGACCCUAAAAAUUCUGAUUCCUCUGCUUCAUCCCAGGUGAAGGCAGUAUAUGUGAAGAACCUUCCCAAGAAUGUGACUCAAGAGCAGUUGAAGAAGCUUUUUGAACACCAUGGGAAGAUCACAAAGGUGGUUCUACCACCACCAAAGUCUGGUCAGGAAAAGAACAGAAUCGGCUUCGUACAUUUUGCAGAGAGAUCAAAUGCUAUGAAAGCACUAAAAAACACUGAAAGAUAUGAAUUAGAUGGUCAAAAUUUAGAGUGUUCUUUAGCAAAGCCACAGGCUGAUCAGAAGGCCGUAGUAUCAAAUACACAGACGCAAGGAUUGCUUCCAAGUUAUCCCCCACCUGUUGGUUAUGGUUUGGUUGGGAAUCCAUAUGGUGCACUUGGUGCAGGAUAUGGUGCUCCUGGUCUUGCUCAGCCUUUGAUGUAUGGACCGGGUCAAACUCCUGGUGGAAUGGCCAUGAUGCCGAUGCUUCUGGCUGAUGGACGCAUCGGAUAUGUCUUGCAACAACCAGGAUUGCAGCCACACGCCCCACACACCCCACACACCCCGCACACCCCGCACACCCCACAUUCACAUCAAAGAGGUGGCAGGAGUGGCGGCGGCGGUGGUGGGAGUGGUAGUGGCAACAGGAGUACAGGCAGUUCAAGUAAAGGAAGGCACAACAAUGAUAGUGGCCAAGGGCGCAGAUACCGCCCAUAUUAGAUGGUCUUUAAUGUAUUGGGAAAUAUCAAUUUUAUUAAUGCCUUUGCGAGCUAGAUUAUUUUAUCGAAAUGUAAUACUCUAUUGUUUUUCAUUAAAUAUUUAUUGAUCCAUAGUUUCAGUCUUGCUUACAUUCAUGAUUUCGGGGUGUUUUAAUGUAUGACUUAUCCCAGUCGAAGAAUUGCGUAUAAUUGAGACAUUUUUGUAUCUGUUAUGAAACCUCAAGUAGUUUGUACCUAUACCUUUAA